AUGGACAAUUGUUUAAAUAAUGUAUCUGACCAGAUGGUAGCUCGUCUUCCGAAUUUUAAAUAUAUUAAAAGAAAUAUUCAACGACAACGUCAAAAAAAUGAUUUACCGCAAAUUCCACACGAUAAAAAUUUUACAAUGGUACCAACAUCUCUAACAAUGACAAUUAGAAACGACGCAUUUUUGCAGUUUCAUUCUGGACCUGGUGAUCAUCGUCUAAUUAUAUUCUCAUCUCCUGAACAAUUGAAAAUUCUUGAAGAAACUGAAGAAAUACUCAUCGACGGAACAUUCAAAAUAACACCAGUAAUAUUCACUCAAUUAUAUACGAUGCAUGGUGUUUAUCGAAAUUGUGUAUUUCCAUUGGUGUUUGCGUUACUGUCAGAUAAACAACAACAGACCUAUCAGAGGUUAAUAAAUGAAUUACGUCGUUUAUGUCCUUCGUGGAAUCCCAAAUCAGUUAUGGUCGAUUUUGAAAAGGGAGCAAUUAAUGCUUUCCAAGGAACUUCUAACACAUUGUCGAUAUCAGGUUCCUUCUUCCAUCUACAGAAGAGCAUCCAAAGAAAACUUCAAGAUCUUGGAUUGAAAACCAAUUACGAAAAUGAUUCAAAAUUUGCUUAUGAUGUAAAUAAAAUCGCUGCAUUAGCAUUUCUUCAACCUGGUGAUGUUAAUCAAGGAUUCGACGAUUAA